AUGGCUUUGAAGUUUGACAUGCCUACGGCUUAUGACCAUAUUGACGGUUUCUCAAUUCUCAUCAAUGAGAAUCCUACUGAUCUCUUUUCGCCUGCUCGUGGACUUCAGCAAGAGGAUUCUUUAUCCCCUUAUAUAUUCCUCUCUAUCUCUCAUGCGAUUUCUUAUCUUUUGGCAGCUGCGCAUGAUGAUGGGUUUAUUCGGGGCAUUAAAAUUUCUCAGCACACUCCAUCUCUGAUGGAUGAAUUGACCACUUCUGAGACAUUUUUGGGUUUGCCUAUUCUUUUGAGUCGUUACAAGCAACAAGCUUUGAAAGCACUAGAAGAUAGAAUGCUUGCUAAGACUCAAUCUUGGAAACAAAAGCUUUUAUCUCCUGCUGGGCGUGCUACCAUGAUACAGUCAGUGCUAUUUGCAAUCUCGACAUAUUCCAUGUCUAUUUUUCAUACCCUAAAUGUUUCUCUACCAAGUUGA